UUAGUUAUGUAAAAUGGAGCCGCCUGAGCUCUAAUCCCACAUGGAAACCGACCGAACCGACAGACCCAGUGUUACCAUUCACCCAAAUCUUUGGGCUGGAAAAAGCACGCUCUCCUUCUUCUUCUUCUUCUUCAGUUUCUUUUCGUCUUGCUGGUUAGAUUUAUAGUCAAAUAUUCCUUCAACUGAUAUAAAGAAAAGAAUUAUCGCACGCUUUUUUUUCCCAAAUGAAAAAUCCCAACGCCGAAAGCGAAGAAACGGAUCGCGAGGUGAGACCAGGAGGCAUUAUGGUCCAGCGAAGAGACGACCUCGAUGAAGAUGAUGAUCUUCAUAACAAACACACACAAUCACGAAACUGCUGCUGCUUCUUCUGGAGGGCCCAUGAUCAAGAUCAACGUCAUGCGUGGCCCGGCCCAGCACCAGCUCUAUGUCCCCGCCCAUUCUACUUUCGUGAUGGCAGGGGAAUUGAAGAAAGAAAUUGCUCAAAAAAUGGGUUUGGAACCUGAUAAACUAAGGGUUUUGUUCAGAGGGAAACAGAAAGAGGGCAAGGUGCAUUUGCACUUGGCUGGUGUGAAAGAUAAUUCGAAGGUUUUGGUUCUAGAGAAUCCAGCAAGCAAGGAGGAGAAGGUUGAGGGGAUGACGAGUAGCAAAGAGAAGGCUGAAGAGACGACAGCUAGCAAAGAGAAUAAGGUUGAGGAGAUGAAGGAAAGUGGAGAAAUGUCAAAGGCUUUUGCGGCAGUUGCUGGCAUCAGCAAAGAGGUUGACAAGCUUUCUGAGAGAGUGGCUGCAUUAGAAGUGGCUGUGAACGGUGGAACCAAGGUUGCAGAUGAGGAAUUUGAUGUAUCAACGGAGUUACUAAUGAGAGAGCUGCUGAAAUUGGAUGGGAUUGAGGCUGAAGGAGAAGCAAAGUUACAGCGGAAGGCUGAGGUUGGUAUUGUAGGAAUUGAGGUUUAUCAGAUUUUGUUUUUGGACAAUAUUCACAUGUUGCAUCAUUUUUGUUGCACUCAUUUAUUGCGUCAUUUGCUAUCUAAAAAAAGUCGAACUUAAACCAAUUUUUUUGAGAUUGGUCAACUAUAGUCCUUAUGGAUGAAUAUCAAUGUGUAUUUAUAUCCUUUUAUCUAAGCUAAGUUGUUUCUAGCCCAUGCCCUGUAUUAUAUGUUGUUAGAAACGAUUGUGAAAUGUAAUGUCCAGUCUAGCUAUUUUGGAUUGAAAGAUUAGGCCUUGGGAAUGCGUUGCAACCGGAAUCCUUGUUUCCAUGUUUUAUCAUUGGGAAUGUGGUUAGUAAGUCUUAAGUUAUUGCAUUUUUAUGCCAGCCGAGAACUACUCUACGUGAGAAAUAUAGGACCAUUAUUGCUUGAUAUUUCAAUCAAAUUGCCUGGUAAAUGGAAGAUAUCCAGUCCCUGGUUCCAAUGGUCUUCUCUUUUGGAAAUGCUGUGUGUUGCCUUGAUAUUGACACCUGUUGUAAGGAGAAUACUGCUAUUUUUCCUUGGAACUCCUUUAGUUGGUGAUGCUGUAACUUGCCACUCCUUGUAAUGACCGAGCACUAGCAAAUCCAUGACAGAUCCUCCUCCUUAUAUUUUGCACUAUAAACCUGUUACAAGAGAAUACAAGUGUGGAGGCAACACAUAAGCAUGUAGACAUAGUCAUGGCAAUGUACACUUCAUGCACAAUUCUCACAGCACAUAAAAAUCUUUUGCUUUGUGCUGAAAGAGGAAAGGAUUUUAUGCAAUUAUUAUUUUCAGCGUUGUAUAAUAUUUUGUGGGAUCAUGUGUCAAGCUUACAAAAUUGUAAAUUCUG